GCACUUUUUGCUUGCGUUUCAUACUAGAUUAUUGUAAUCACCAAACACGAUGAGGUUCCUCUUUGUCGCUCUAGCGGGCGCCGCGAUUGUCUCAGCGGCGGCUAUCGAGAGCACCCAAGAGAAAUUCAACUAUGACGGCUACAAAGUCUUGCGCAUGGAUAUCGAGAAUGAAGACGAGGCACGUCGCUUAACCGAUAUUGUAGAUAAUCUCGGUCUCUCUUGGUGGAAAAUGCCUGGAGAGGCUGGUGACCAUGCCACCGUUCAGAUUCCACCAGACCAAGUGUCCGCCUUUGAAGCUGGUGCAGCAGCUGCAGCCUUCCGAAAUAUCGAAGUUGUACACGACGAUUUAGGAUACGCCAUCUUUCAAGAAUCAAACGUGACCGACACCUAUGAGCCUGGCAGCAACAGCAUGAACUGGUUCGGUUCAUAUCAUACCUGGGAUCAACACCAUCAAUGGUUCAAGGAUAUUCAAGCCAAAUAUCCCAAAAAUUCCGCCAUGGUAUCCAUGGGAAAAUCCGUGGAAGGCAAAGACAUUUUUGGAAUCCAUAUUUGGGGAUCUGCCAAGGGCAGGAAGGCUUUUGUUAUGACUGGUACCAUCCACGCACGCGAAUGGAUUGUUGGUAAAGUCAUCGAGUAUAACGUCCAGGGAAUUUUGGAAGAGAUGGAAAAAGAGGAGAUGAAGCCAAUCAUGGAGAAGUUUGACUUCUUUAUCUACCCAUUUGUUAACCCAGACGGCUUCAUCUUCACGAGCAACACUCGCAUGUGGCGCAAGAAUCGUGCCAAGACAGACAAGCCCAACUGCCUUGGUAUUGAUUGUAAUCGCAACUUCGACACCAAAUGGGGUGGUCCAGGAGCUUCAAAAGAUCCAUGCCACGAAAUGUACCAUGGCCCAUCCGCCGCGUCCGAGCCCGAGACCAAGGCGAUCCAAAAUACCAUCUUGGAUAUCUCGAAAUCACAAGGUGUUGCCUUCUAUAUCGACUGGCACUCCUACGGCCAAAUGAUCUUAUCUCCAUACGGCUAUAAUUGCCAAACCGAGGGUCCUCGAUUUAAGGAACACAUGACACACUCCAACGCUAACGCUGAUGCACUCAAAGCGGUUCACGGUACACAAUUUAGAACCGGAUCUGCAUGCAAAGUUCUCUAUCAACUCUCUGGUUCCAGCACGGACUGGGCGGUUGACAAUGCCAAGGUAGAGUUUGCCUAUUUGCAGGAGCUUCGAGAUAAGUCUGGCUUUGUCAUUAAACCAGAGCUUAUCAAACCAAGCGGCGAAGAGGCCUGGGCCGGUCUCAAAGCAAUGAUGAAGAGCUACAUCAAGACAAACUAUGCCCAGAGCGGUUUCAACGAAACCGCAUAA